CCCUACUCUCUCUCUCUCUCACACACACUCUAGGGUUUUGCAUUUCUUUCUCUCUCUACACUCCAUGGACCUCUCCAAGAAGCGUAAAGCCGACGAAAAUGGCGUCGUUUUUCCUGCAAGUAUAGACUCCACCACCACUCCACCGCCGACCCACUUAACCCCAGAAGACGCCGACAAAAUCCUCGAACCCUUCACCAAAGAUCAACUCCAAUCCGUCCUCCGCACCGCUCUCCUCCACCACCCCGACCUUCUCGACGCCGUCCGCUCUGUCGCCGACUCCGACCCCUCCCAGCGGAAGCUCUUCACCCGCGGCCUCGGCUGGGAAACAACAACCGAUAAGCUGCGUUCCAUCUUCUCUGCCUUCGGAGAGCUAGAGGAAGCCAUAGUCAUCAUAGAUAAAAACACUGGGAAAUCAAAAGGGUACGGAUUCGUUACGUUUAAACACAUCGAUGGAGCGAUUUUGGCGCUGAAAGAACCGAACAAGAAGAUAGAUGGACGAAUUACGGUGACCCAAUUGGCUGCGGCGGGCAAUUCGGGGGCUUCGAAUAAUAUUGACGUGAAUUUGAGGAAGAUUUAUUUAGGAAAUGUGCCGUUUGAGAUAUCGUCGGAGAGGUUGUUGGGCCAUUUCUCGGCGUAUGGAGAGAUUGAGGAAGGGCCUUUAGGUUUUGAUAAGCAAACAGGGAAGCCUAAAGGGUUUGCCUUUUUUGUGUACAAGACUGAGGAGGGGGCUAGGGCUUCGUUGGUUGAUCCCAUCAAGACUAUUGAUGGGCAUCAGGUGGUUUGUAAGUUGGCUACUGAUAACAAAAAAGGGAGGAUUCAACCGAAUAUGGGACAUACUGGGAUGCCAGGUGAGGGAAUGCCCGCACCUGGGUCAAUGAAUUCAAAUUAUGGUGCUCCAGGUGGUGGGUUGUCGAAUUAUGGAGGUUUUUCGGGUGGGCCAGCAGUGGGAUUGUCCCAUCAGAACACACACUCGGGGAUUGGAGGGCCGGGAUUUGGUAAUCAAGGGCCAGCAGGUUCAUUUACUGGCGGUGGAUAUGGUGGUCCUGGGGGAUAUGGUACUGGUGGUUCACAGUUUGGUGGUGUGGCUGCUGGGUCAGGGGAGUACGGUGGAGUGAACACUGCAGGGGCUUCCAUGUAUAGGUUGCCGCCGAGUUCUGUUGGAUUGCCUAGUUCAGGAGGAUAUCCUGAUGGUGGGAAUUAUGGUAUGGCAUCGUCAGCAUAUCCUACACAGUCGUCAGCAUAUCCAACACAGUUGCACCAGCCAUCUUCGGGUGGUCCACAGAGAGUUCCUCCAGGUGGCAUGUACCAGGGUGUUCCACCUUAUUACUGAGGUAAUUUUGUUUAUCUUUGUUUUAUUGGUUUUAUAAUUAGCUUUUUCAGCACCAGGUUUAAUAUUUGUUGAUAUGCUUGGUUGGUUGGAUUAUCCAUUUGCCUAAAUGAUGGAUUUUUUGUGGUACUUAACGAAGUUGCUAAUAGUCCGGGGCUUUAUUUCAUUGCGUUUUGAAUGGCUGUUACUUGUUUUUGUUAUUGUCUUGAUGAUCUUCUUGUUGUGCGUUUCUGUUUUGUUUUUUUUUAUUUUAAAGUUGUUAUGUAGUGUUCAUUUCACAGCAAGCUCAGAUUUUUAUGUUCCUCUAUAUUAUUCACUGUUCCCUUGGUCAUUCCAUCCUUAUUUUGUGUGUUUUUGCUGCCAUCGUUCUAUUGUUUCUUCUUGGUCAAUUGCUUCAUUUAUUUUAACUGGCUUCUUGUAUUAUUUUUGUGCAUGCUAAAAGCAUGAUGUGGUCAAGGUCUGUUUUUCUACCACAUCAGUUGCAUCAUUUAUUCAAUUUGGCAUCUCAUUGUUCUGUAUUCUGGUGCUCACUGAAAAAUUAGGUUAUCAAAGAUAAAAAUGUUAUUUGAACUUAAUUUGUUGUCCUUAUCUACUGUAGUGGUUGCAUUGAGUCAUUGUUAGCAGACUCCAUGUAACAUUAGGAUUCACUGUUAAUCCACUGUAGUGAAAUAAUUCAACAAAUUAGGUACAUAUAGUAUUACUUGGUCCAAUAAGUUCAUCACGAUAAAUCUUGUGAGAUUUUUCUAUGGUUGUGCCUAUACCUAAUCAAUCUAAUUUUGCUUCAUCCUGUAUUCCCAACAGUACCAGUACGUUAUUUUGGAAUUAUUACAUGUCAUUGUUAUAUCUUGUUGGAUCAAAAAUUCGAUUUAGGAAAAUCUUCUAAGCCUCGCUGUCUGAAUAACGUUUUUAUGUUGGUAGUGUUUACAAGUGCCAUACUAGAAUCCUCUUUUUUCCCUUCUCUCUUUUAAGAUUUCUGUUUUUUCUUCUUUUUUUGGAGGGGGGAGGGUGAGGUAUUACUUGUCUUCUAAAGGAAUUUCCUUUCUUCACUACCCUUCCGAUUGGCGAGCUCUUUUCCUUUGGGUGGUUGGUGCUGGGGAGUUGGGUGACACUUGCCCUAUAUUACAAAUUCAAUGUUCUGAUUUGCUAGAUAGUGCUGAAACUGCCCCUGUUUUUGUAUCUUUUGUUUGAUGAAGUCUAGUGGUUGCUAACGAUAAGAUUUCCCCACUUAGUGCAGAGUGGUGUUGAAAUUCUUACAAUUUUCUCACAUUUUCUUAACCUAUCAAAAAAUAAAGAAAAUAGAACAUAUAAUUGUUGUAAUUAGUAUUUGGUGCAAUACGAUUCAAGAACACAUGCUGUUGCUUGAAUGCUAAUCUCAAAGUUAGGAAACUAUUGAUCUCAAUGGUGAUUAACUGCUAAUGUAUGAACAAAUAUUUCCAGACCUUUUGUUGAGGGGCGUAGUAUGUGUUACCUGUUUACUGAUUGUGCUUCUUAUUGGCAUGUUUAGAUGUGCCUUUGAGCAUUUGGCAAUAGUUAGGCUGAAUUAUGCAGAAUUAUGGGGACUCCUAUUUGCCUGGAAGGUUAAUGCUGCAGAUACAACUUGUGUUAUUAGUCUAGAGACCUCUAGUAAAAAAUGAAACAUCUCCUUGAGUGUUUUGUUGAGGCAUUGGAACAUUUAGUGCCUGGUCAUAUGUACCAUUUUAGGAAACAAGGAGUAUAUCAUGUUUGAUGUUGUCUUUAGGCAUUGUCAGCGUUACAAUUUGGAACUUAGCUAAGAAGCACGAAUAUGGACACGGGUGUCAUAUACGAUACGGACACAGGAAUAUAGUAAGAUCCCAAAAUAUAAGACAUGGGUACAGCGAGGAUAUGACUAAUUAAAAUAAUUAUAUAUAUAACAACAACAUUAAUAAAACAAACAAGACAUAGCAAACAGUACUUUUUUUAUUAUUAUUGAAAUAGAUCAAAGAUUCAAAAAUACACAUCCAACAUUUCUUCUAAUAUAAUUACACCAAUUAGCAUUCAUAGUCUGCAAGUUUACCAACAAAAAAACACAAAAACAAAAGAAAUCCUACACAUUCCUCUUCAAUUCACUUCCAGGAAGAUAAAAGCCAGAAGGUAAGCAAGUUUUGGUUUUUGAAAACCAGCAACACCAGACCAACCCAGACGGCAACAGCCAAUAGUACAGUAGGAAGAUACGAGGCAGAGAAAAAAAUGCACAACAUCACAGCAAAAACAGCAGCACAACAACAACAAAAAAAACCCCAAAAAUUUGAAAACCCUAAACCAAUCAAAUUAAUCCACCACAGAACAGAAAAACAAAAAAAGAAGAUCUGAGUCCAAGGUAACAAAAAAGAAGAGGAACUUGAUAACAACAAGCAACAGAUCUGAAACUCGAAGGCGCAGGCAAGCUGAAGCAGCAUAUUUGAGACUCCCAAGUCCCAGGUUGGUCUUCCUCUUCCCUUUUCUUCUCCUGUUUCUUUCUUCUCCUCCUCUGGUCUUUUCCUCGACGUCGUCAUUCUCCUCGCUCUCUCUCUCUCUCUCUCUCUCAUAGUGAAAAAGUCGAAGGCUAAGGCCUUCAUGAUUUGGAUUUGGGUUUGCCUUUUGUUUUUUCUUUUUC